CGUCAACCCUACAGCCUCUGGUGCUCAGAACGCCAUACCCACGACUACUGAGCUCCUGUCGUCGGGCGCUCUAUCAAGCCCAAUGCAAAGGGUGCCUCAAACAUGCUGUAGUCGUGAACCAGUCGACUUAUAAACGAUCAACCUUGAUGACAGUCAAUUUCCCACCCACACAGACGUUUCAUUCGCCACCCUUACAUUCACAGCUCAGCAGCAGUAGUGAUGCCAGCCCAAUCGAAGGCACCACGAAGCCGAAUCGCCGACACGGUCUACGACCGCAAGCUAGCGGACUUGCGAGACCAGUAUCGAAGCCAGAGCUCAAAGUUCAGUGCCCAGUCCAUGGCCAUCACCCAGAUGAUCUCUGUUAACGGCAGAGAUGACCACAUCGGCCUGUUCAGAAUCUGGGACCAGCGAGUCAAGGAUUUGGGGGUCAAGUACGCUACAAAGUCGAACAUCAGCCCGGUGGCGAUUUUCUUCUUGGUCAAUACCUACACUGCCAUUUGCAACAUGUACUGCAAGAAGGUCAUCCCGCAGGUUGGACUUGACUUUCAAUUGCCGAUUGAGACCAUCGAGAUGUUUAUGCAGAUAUCAGACGAGGGCCUAGUCGUUCUGGACCACUUCUCCCGUCUCGGUCUGCUUCAGAUGAAACCUCGGGCUCCCAUCACUGUGGCGGAAAAGACAGACCGGGUUUCCAUCGGGCUGGUCUACCUCGCCAAGAGAUUGUCAACCAUGGCUCAAGCAUGGGAUCUUCCUCUUGAAGAAUCCGUCGCUACCGUGAUCGGAGAUUGGCCCGAGAAGGUUGCAGAGCUCUGUCGGGAAGACAGUGGCAACAAGCAAUCGCUCCAGGACUUGAAGGCGACUCGAGGGUCGAGCGGAUGUGUAGCGCAGUAGAGAGGAGAUGAUGGCGCGGAGCUUGUGAAUCAAGGAUCACGAUUACCAUUCUAUAAGGUGGCUGUACAAGUAUGACGCGCUGUGUUGUUGUUGUCCAAAUGUCGGUCCCUACGUGACGUAUCUCAUGAACACCAUAGCACUGUAACGUCUG